AUGCCGCGCAAAUUGUUCCCGCGUAUUGUUGGAGAAGAUGCCAACAACUACCUCCUGACAACCACUAACUACGAGGACUGCAAAGAAGCCUCUGUCAAGUGGAUCCCGAAGGACCAGGCCGAGCGCCACAUCAUCCCAGCCUGGGAGAUUCUGAGCUCGUCUGCUAUGCAGCGCCUCCGUUCAGUCCAAGGUAAGUCCUACGAGCCUUACACAGGCGUUGAUCGAGUCGAGCUACACUUCGGCGGCGGGGCUUUGUUUAUGUACAUCGAUAUGAAUCCGCCAGGGGGCGCGAUGCUGCGGGAGGUGAGGAAGGCUGGUAAGUGUACGGUGUGGAUGGUCGAGCCGUUUGUGUCGGGGCCGCGUCCGCGCAUGGAGGAAAAGCUAGCAGCUGCGGCAACCAACUCGACAUUUCGAGCAAUUGCUCCCGCACCAAUGACAUCUGCGCCACCACCAGCAAUGGCACCAACGAUGUCGCCGGUAACGUCACCAAACGCCUACGACCGCAAGUCGAACUUCACUGGCGCAAUGCCGCUGAACUCAUUCCUGGCGUCUUCUCCUCUCACCUCUUCUCCGUCGAAGAAAGAACUCCAAAGCAAGAUGUCUCCAAUCGAUUCGCCUCAAGCUCAGUACUCGGAUGGCAAGAUGGAAUGCGAACGAACCUCGCUGCCGCCUCCAGCGAUCUCUGAGACUAAACCGAUCCUGCUCGAAGAACCAGCUUCCCAGGCUCUACCAAUCCGUGCCAAUUCGCCGACACCAGGCAUUCCCCUGACUCAGCACAUCACGCUCCCCUGCGAAGAGCAGACCGGACAUGGCCUCGACCACGACAACGGCUUCUUCUGUGGAGGAAUCUGGCACGACGACAUCCAGCUCGGCUUCAUAACCUGCAAAGUCUGCGUCGGCACCGCCAUGUUCCAGGCCAUGUUGGAUGGCAACAACGACAUUAUCGAGCAUGGCGCCAACGUCCCAAUCUGUGUCCUCUGCGCCAAGAUCUGCGUUGAAGUCGAGCACAGUAAGAUGGGCUGCUUCUGCCUCGAGGAAAAGUGUACGCACUGCUUCCUUCACGCAGUGGAUGAUAUGAAGGUCCUUCGCGACGCCAUCGAACCCGGUACGAACUACGGCGAGUUGUGCUGUAAGUGCUAUCAGCCAAUCAUUGGUCUCCCACAGACCAGCAAGUGUGUUUUGUGCUGUGGGAUCAGUUUUGUCGCCACUGCAUAA